AGACCAGUCGCAGCCAUUUUACUCCGCGAAAUAAACUUCAAUCUCACAGCCAGGAGGAAAACACAACACAUACGAUAUCUCAGCUGACAUUCAUGGAUAUCUCAUCGUGAAGCCGAGCACGGACGGAUUUGAGGUUCAACUCUCCGCACUUCGGUCUGACUCCAUGGCUUAGUGAGAUAUUUCACAGCAACUGGUCCGGGUAUCUUUUCCUCUUUCCUUUGCCGUCCUCUGCUGCUACAGGUAGCAGCGAGACUUAACCAAAGGGCCGGUAAUCCAUAAACCCCUGUCCCCUCCAGAGGCAGCAUGGAGCCUCAGGCCUCACAGGGACAACUUGGAGGAGAGGGGGAUUGUGGGAUGUUGAAUCUGCUGCUGCCUAGUCCUCAGAGCGAGGCGGUGACCCACGAGAUGGAGGAGCUGUCACUGCAGCCCACACAGAGUCUGCCUCCGCUCAAUGAACGCAAAAAUGUCCUGCAGUUGAGGCUUCAGCAAAGAAGAACUCGGGAGCAGCUGGUGGAGCAGGGCAUCAUGCCACCUCUGAAGAGCCCUGCAGCUUUCCAUGGGCAGAUUCGCAGCUUGGAGAGAGCCAGGACUGAGAAUUUCCUCAAGCACAAGAUCCGCAGCCGACCAGAGAGAGCAGAGCUGGUCAGGAUGCACAUCCUGCAAGAGACUGGGGCAGAGCCCUCACUGCAGGCCACCCAGAUGAAACUGAAGCGAGCCCGGCUGGCCGACAACCUGAAUGAGAAAAUCGCCCAGAGACCCGGACCCAUGGAGCUGGUGGAGAAAAACAUCCUGCCGGUCGAUUCCAGUGUGAAACAGGCAAUCAUCGUGGGUCAGGUGAAUUAUCCUAAAGUCCUGGAUGAAGACAGCAGCGAGGCCUUGUCUCCGGAGCAGCCAGCCAGCCAAGAAUCUCAAAGCUCUGUUCCCUCUCCUGCGGAUAGCAAAGUGCCAGAGACGCCUUCUCCAGUCCUAGCACCACCUCAUCCACCACUACCCAGCACCCUGCAGCAGGCAUUCCCAGUUGCCACACAAGCAACAACUGACUUUAUGAAAGUGAUCGCCACCAAUGAGCUGCCUCCAAGCCGCCCAGCUGUCACCACAGCUGUUCCUUCAAAGCCAGGCCCAACACUGGUGAAACAAAGCCAGCAGAAGACUCCCUCUGAGAAGAGUCGAAGUAAGAAGAACAAGGAGCCCAAACCGCGGGUUAAAAAGCUCAAGUACCACCAGUAUGUUCCCCCAGACCAAAAGCAGGAGGCCAGUGAAGUCCCCAUGGACUCGUCGUAUGCCCGACUACUGCAGCAACAGCAGCUUUUCCUCCAGCUGCAGAUCCUCAGCCAGCAACAGCAGCACUACAACUAUCAGACUAUACUACCUGCACCGCUCAAACCUGUGGCGGAGGGGCAGAGCAGCAGCGCCAGCACCCUGCCAACCUCCAUCGUGGUGUCUCUGCCCACUGCACCUCCACCUCCCCCUGUGGCUCCUGCUCGUCCAAACAACUCGCUCUCCAACCGCAAGCCAGGAGUCCUGCCUGCCAACCUGGAGGAGAUGAAGGUGGCUGAGCUGAAACUGGAGCUAAAGCUGCGCGGCCUCCCUGUGUCUGGAACAAAAACUGAUCUGAUCGAAAGACUGAAGCCUUUCCAAGACAACCCCAGCACCUCUGCUCCCGCCGCAAUCACUGCCCCCGCCACCACCACCCUCUCCUCCAUCCCCAUGGAGGUCACCACCACCACCAACACCACACCGACUAUCAUCCUUCCAGUCCAGCAGGUAGUCCCAGAGAGCAUUAAAACCUCACCACCUGUCUCACCCAUUCCCACUGAUCCCUCCAUGCUGCAGCAGGAAGUAGGCAUGUCUGAGGCUCCCGCUGAGAUGCUGAUGAGUGCCGGCUGGGGGGAUCAGAGCGUCUCUCCUCUGUCAUCUUUCCAAGUCCCAGAGGAGAAGGACAGGAGGCUCCAUGAGAAGGAGCGACAGAUAGAGGAGCUGAUGAGGAAGCUGGAGCAGGAGCAGAAGCUGGUGGAGGAGCUGAAGAUGCAGCUGGAGGUGGAGAAGAGAGCUGUCGUCACCACAGACUCGGCCUCUCUGUCACCCAAACUGACCUCUGUACCCACCAUUAACCCUGUUCCUGCUGUCCUGAACUCAAACGUUGUAAAAGUGGAGAAUACAGUCCUGUCGAACUGUUCAUCCACCGCAGCUACAAUCUCUAACUCCAUUUUGGGCUCCCAGUCUCUUUCCCCUCUGCCAACAGUGGUCAAGUUGGAGGAUGUGACUGUUUCAUCUGGGAAGCCGAUCCAACUCCAGCCUCAAACCCAGCUCAUCACCCAGAUCCAGCCCCAAGUCUCACCCCAGGUAACCACCAGUCCACAGGUAAUGCCCCAGGCACAGAGAAGCCCCAAAGCCCAGACCCAACCUGCAGCACCUGGCCUGCAGCAGUUCUUUAUCAGCCACACAGGAGGUGUGUCCCAGGUGCUUGGACAACCUCAGACCUUGCUGACUACAUCUGGUCAACCUCAGACUCUGCUGACCACCACAGGCCAGGCUGGAACCCAGAUCCUCCUCCCAGUGUCACUACCUAACAACGCUACUACAAUCCAGCUGCCAAACAACACCGUCAGCCUGCAGCCUGUUCUUCAGGCCACAGUGUCAAGUCCAGGCCUAGUUCAGGCCUCGGUUCCUCAGAUGCAAACCAUUAAGAUGGACACGACACCCAGCAAGCCCAUAAAUAACCAAAACCCACUGCUACAGACUCUGACUAUGUGCAAUAACAUGUCUGGAUUGGAGAACCAGACUAGACCUGAAAUGAAUGCCCAGUGUUUCCUGAGAGGUUCCCCUGAGAACAAGGUCUCGCCUAGGGCAUCACCCAACCACCACAUCUCCAACGGACCCUUCAAUAAGUCGUCUUCUCCUCAGCCCACCUUCAUCCUCCAGCCCACCUCCCUGGUUACUCAGCCUCCCAAAACAAAAGAGCCUCCCCGCUAUGAGGAGGCUGUCAAACAGAGCCGCAACAUGCACAUCAACAAUGUUUCACAGGUUCCCACGGCAACCAGCCAGCAGAUGGAUGAUUUGUUCGACAUUCUCAUAGAGAGUGGAGAAAUCACCCCAUUCAUCCAGAACGACCCCUCAGCCUCCCUCACUAAGACCCACCCAGUCACAGCAAGCAUCACCACCCUGCCCGUCAACACCGCCAUCUCCAGGCCGCCUCCACAGAUCCAGGUGGCUCCUCCUCCCACCCUGAGCCCUGCUGUCGGCCAGAACAUGCCCAUCCUCUCUUCACUGGCCACCGACAACCAGCUGGAGGCUUUUCUGGAGGGCACGCUGGCCAACACUCCACCAGCAUCCGACCCGCGCACGCAGGGCCUGAUGCUGGAGCUGCAAGCCCAGCUGAUGGAACAGCAGCCGUACUCACCCAUGGACACUUCUGACCUGUCCUUCUGUGACUCCUCCUCACCACCAUCCUCGCUCAACAUGGGCCUGUCUGACCCCGGCUUGGACAACAUGGAGUGGCUGGACCUUACCAUGCCACCCGGUCCUGCUGGGGCACUCACACCUCUGGGGAUACCUACGGACUUCCUGGACACACAUGACCUGCAGCUGCACUGGGACUGACUGGGGAGCAGAUAAGAGAAAGAUCUAGCAGCAGAGCCUGAAUCAAUGGGUGGAGGUAUGGAUGAAGAGAGAAGGAAUGGAGAUUGGGUUCUUGUUUUUAAAAGAGAGCAAAAGAAGGAAAAGUGGCAUCUCUGUGCCAUGUCACUCACCAGUCCAUCCGUACCAUCUGUAUAAUUCCCACUCUACAGUAAGAAGUGCUGUAUAGGCAGUGCACUGAAGUUCAACUAUAACUGCAGAGUUUGCACAGCUUUAAAAAAAGGUCUGUAAUGGCCAGACACCCUGAUGCCACUAAGGUGAUCAUCGUCACCUCAAGAUUGGUGAUAAAGGGAUUUUAAACCAGAUUUUAAUCAUCAUUUAGAGAGAAGACAGAGCCAAAUGAUACUGGUAGCAUGGACUGUAAAUACUCUUAUGAUUCACACAAAUACAAAUGGACCUUAUUUCAGACAGUGAGCCUGAAUCGAACCUAUGGCCAAUAUCACUCGACUGUUUCUGCCUGAAGUUUGGCUUUCAGAGUGAACAAUGCGUCUGCUUUACUGUGUGAGCACAGUAGCAACAUAAAGCCUUUUGUUCUGCUGAAGCACACUGUGCCAUCAAAUCUACAUCAUAGCACAACAUCUGUGGGAGAAAAUAGGAGACUGGAUCCUCUCUAAAACGCAUUAGAAACUGGCCUUGGAGAGCAGAGUCUCAUGAUAUCACCACAGGCUUGUCUUACUUUACCAAUCUCUGUUGCUCCAUCCUGUCUUGGUGCUGGACAAAUCAAGUCAAAUCUUUUUGUUCCCUUUAAGCCCAAGGAGCUCAGUCAGCCAAGUUUUAAAGGGAUUCCCAGCUGAGAGGAGGAGAAGCCUCUCUUCACACUGAUCCAGUCUAAACAUACUGUAGAUGCUGACUAAUCUGAUGCGUCACAUCAGAUGUGACUGUUCUCUUCUGACCUAUCACGACCCAGCUGGUCAAGCUGAUGAACCAAUGACUGCAAAGAAUAAAACACUCGACAAGAGGAUCAGGCUCCUCCAUCUACGUGAGAGCUAUGCACUAAAGAGGAGCCUCGAUCACCUCAGAACAAGGAAAUGUGAACUUCAACAUAUCCAAGGUGUUUGUUGGUAUGAAAUGAUCGAUAGAGAUCAUGAGGCCAAACGCUCUAGAGAUACUGCAGUUGUUGUCCAAGAAUCAAACGUUGAAUGUAGUUUCUAAAAGAUUGAAAACUUUAAAAAGCUGGCAGCUGUUUUUUUCUCCUGACAGUAAACUGACAUAAAAUGUUAGAAAGGGAACAAAUAUCAGUUAAUGACACAUGAAGUGUGAAGUGUGCUGCAAAUAUAUCAAGGAAUCAAGAUGUCGUUGGAGAAGAUGAGCUUUAUAUCAAGCUGUUCUACAGUAUAUCCCUGCACUUUGUCUAUGUGCGUUUGUGUGGAAGUGUGUGGAAAUAACUGCAACACUAGCAAAUAAAAGUGCAAGCUAACAGCUAAUAAUCAAUCUGCAAAACAGAAGCCAAUCAUCACAUGAAGGAUUUAGAAGAAUCUGACAUGUAUUUGGCAAAUUCAGUUUCUCAACCGGGUUUGUGAGAAAGAAGGAAAGCAUGUGUGUGUCGUCUUCCUGUCUCUUGCAUGUUCACCUGUGUCUCUGUGCAUGAUUGUAUUCAUGUUUAAUCUCGGGCUGCGUCGCCUGCAAGUUGUCUGAAGAAAUCUGCUAAUAUCUAUGAGAUCAAAUCAUCCGCUAUAGAGCCGACAUAUUCCAAACAUUACUAAUCAAAUGGCUUCUGAUGACUGUUUUACCCGUUUUUAUCUGUUAUUGAUCGACGGUCAAAGAAACGCACAGACACCUCGGAGGAGGGACACAGUGAAGAGGGCUUUACUACCUUUAAAGCCAACAUACUCUAACCGAUCACAUCAUUAGGAACACCUGUUCAACCACUCAUUGACACAGCUAUCUUAUCAGCCAAUCACAGGGCAGAAACCAAUGAAUCCAGGUAUGGUCAAGACAAUGUGUUGAAGUUCAAAUCGAGCAUCAGAAUGAGGAAGAGAGGUGAUUUAAGUGGCUUUAUAUGUCGCUUUACUCAGACUUUCACCCGCAACCAUCUCUCAGGUUUGCAGAGAGCUGAUGAAAAGAGAAAAUGUCCAGUGAGCGGCGGAUCUUCUGGGUCUUGUUGAUGGCAGAGAUCAGAGGAGAAUGGUUAGACUGGUUCAAGCUGAUAGAAAGACAACCACUUGUUACAAGAAAAGUAUGCAGAAGAGCUGAAUGCACAAGACAGAGCAAUUAAGUGACUAUAAAAUCUGGUAUACAAGCAGCCAUCUGUUUUUUAGAGACUCCUAGGAGGAAAACGUCUUAAUAGUCCUCUUGCAUGACCAUUUCCUUUUCGCUCGGUUUUUCCCCUAUGGAUUUUAGGGGUUAGUUUAUUUAAAGAUAUGCACCCUGUUUUUUUAAUUGCAAUGUCAUGACUUAUUGAGUGGGAAAAGCAGUAAAAAAGUGGCGUACACUCUCACUAGAGGGGAAUUUGUGAUUAUGUGUUGCAGCCCCUUGCAGUACACAAUGAAUGAGGUUUUCUGUCACGGUCUCAUGCAGUGAGUGACUGGUGCACAAACUUUCAGUAAUGACGUCAUGUGUUUCAGCACUUUAUACCAAGGAUCCGGCAUUAUAUCAUUUAAAACAGUUGAGUAUUUGUAUUAUCACAUUGCCUCAUAUAGGAGUAGCAGCCAGUGCUUUGGAUGUAAAAUUGGUGUCAAAAGUGCAGCUUAUACACUGGAUUUAAGUGUCUCACCUAAGGACACAUCAACAUGCAACUACAAGAGCUGAAUAAGAGCUGAAGAAGCUAAGGCUAGAAUUCACAUGGGCUCACUAAAAUUAGGCAAUAAGGUUUGUUAAGGGAGUAUGAUGAGUCUCAGUUUCUGCUUUGACAUUUCAACGGUAGGAUCAGAAUUUCAUCAACAACCAUGGCACCUUCAAAACCACUUAAAGCACCUUUCUUUUCCAUUCAGAUGCUCGGUUUGUAGUGCAGAAAGUCGUUUUGCUCAUGUCUACAUGCCUUGGUUUCUGCCACAUGACUGGCUGAUUAGAUCUUUGUGUCAUUGCUCAGUUUAACAGGGAAACCAAAUGAAGUGGUAGUAGUUUUUCAGUAAUUGCGUCAUAUCCUGCUCACUGUUUCUUUACAACCUUAAUAUUGAGUAACUGGGUCACCAUCUCAGUCUUGAUAUUCCUUUGGAAUUGAUUUUCUACAAGGCACUUUGAAUAAGAUGGCUUUUUUAAUUGUCAUUUUUUUAAAAAUUGGAUUCGCAGCAACCACUUUAUCCUGAUAUUUCGUCCAUGGGCACUAGAGGGAGCUGCAGCGCUUCUGUUGCAGCUUCCUUGCACAUUUUGAGUGGCAACCAAUGCUCCUACAGGGGUAUUUUUAGCAGAAGAAAAUCAUCAAAUGUGGCUGUUUUUGCAUUAUAAAGUUUUUGCAAUGCUGAUUUUCUGCUCACAGCAGCAAUAAUGUGUCAACCUGAGCGAGCUGAUAAAGAGCCGUUUCUGUGGAAUGUUAAUGCUGCAGUUUUCUCAUUAGAACAGGCCAAGAUGCGUUGAUGUGCCCAAAUAUAACAUCACCUGAUAUAUAAAACGCCAAAUACUGCACAUUUCUGCUUAUUGGCGUUGUUGUUUUUAAUUUUUUAUUACUUCUUUUUGUUUUAGUCGUAUUAGACACAACCUAUUUGUCUUCACUUCUGUUUGGUUCAGUCACAUGGGGAUUCCUGGUCCUCCUUUAAAAACUGCUUAUAGGUUUUAUUGUAUUUUUGUGUUUUUAUGCGUGAGUCCUGUUAAUGUGCAUUCAAGAACAGCUGGUGAGUUAUUGUGAUUUUUUUUAUUCUUUCACUUUUGAGGAUAUCAGAUUUGAUAUUUAAUUGCCAAAUGGCAGUGGAACAUAGUAUCACAUUUUGUUAAUUUUCUCACAUUUUUUUAUAUUUAUCAAUUUUUUAGGUUGAAAUGCAAAAGAAAAAAAAAAUUUACUCUUGUUUUCUGCUUAUGUGGUAUCUGUACAAGAGGAAUUCAUUUGUAUAUUUUUGGUUUGCUGUUUUUAUCUCUAAUUUCAUAUCAGACAUACACAAACCUCUGGGCUGCAGUUUGAGGAUUUAACGCUCGAUGUGACACCACUUACCAUUGACAGGGACGGCAUAAAGCAAUAAUGGCUGCUCUCCCUUGAUGUACUGUACUGUAUGUCAGAUCCUGCCUUGAUUUUAUUAUUGUGAGAACCUUUACUGCGAGAAAUAGUUAAAACAUCAGAGGCACUUUGUUUGAGGGGUAAUGGGGGUUUAUUUUGAAAACCCUGGUGUGUGUUUGACUAAAUGUCUAAAGGUUCCUGUCUGCUUCUUUACUUUUAUCAUUGGAGUUAAAGGUGUUGGCUCAGGCUUUCUCAUAUCAGCUCUCCUGCUUUGUCCUCUGUCAUCAUGUGAACAUCAAACAUCAUUUAGUGGAGAAGCUGGACUACAGAAGACAGAGUUUUGUUAUGAAAACUGAAUUUUAUGGGACUUUAUUGGAAGCACACCCUCCUGUCUCCUCUAAAUCACCACCCAUGCCAUGCCUCUUCUUGUUGUUUGUAUGCCAUAUGUUUUGCACAUUGUGUACAUAUUUAUAUAGAUGUAAUGCAUAUUUUUAUACAUGUGUAACAUCCAUGGGUUCUCUAUUUUGUAAAUAUUCCAAAAAGAUGUAUAUAAGUUCUGUAUGCCUUUAUGUGUCAAUAAAAAAUU